UGCCGAGAAGACCAACGUGGUGUGGGAGCCAUCUAAGGAUUUGAAGCACCUGAACUUGAAGGUGCUGCGGAUCUUCGGGUGCGAGGAAGAAGGCAAGGUGACAAACUAUAUAAGGCUUGUCAUGGAACGAGCUGUGGGGUUGUUGAAAAUCAAGCUGUACGGUGAAAGCCCAUGCAGGUCAACUCACACAUGGAUCAUCCUCAUCCGUGGAGAUAAUUAUCUGUUGACGGAUAUGGUCAGGGAGUGCAGUGGUCUCAUAAUGCUCGCAGGCUUGCAGCAGCUUGAGCAAUGACUGUGGGUCGGUUGUAAUUCUAAUUUCUAGUUAUUGGUAACCUGAGAAUACUUUUGCAGUGUGGACCUCGCAAUUCUAAUUUCUGGUUAUUGGUAGCCUGUGAACACUUGAUUGCACUCUAGCUAAAUUAAAAUGUGUGUACUCGAAUCUGGUGUAACACCCCGGAUGUAACUUUCCAUAUUUGUAACUCCAACUCGUGCCAUUUUCGGCUAUGUGUUAUGAUAUUCCCUCAGUGGUUGGAUUUUGUC